GAGAGGGAUGAGAGCGUCAUGAACACCACUCGUGUGAAGAUCACGUGCGUCGGGCCUCCGCGGAGCGGCAAGUCGUUUAUCUCCAAUGUGUUGGCAGAGAUCUGCGAGGCGCCUUCCUCACGCUACCGACCCACCGUAGGCGUUCGAAUUGUCGAGGUGGAGAGAGAGAAAGUGACCUGUGAGCUCUGGGACGUGUCAGGAGAUCAGAGGUCAGCACACAUCUGCCUGGGUCAUUCAUCGCAAUUGUCCUCAUUCUCACUCUGCGUUGUGUUGCGGUGCGUUUUACAUGUUCAGAUACUCAUCGUGUUGGCCAGCGAUUCAGCAGGGCGUGUCUGGAGCACUUUUUGUGUACGACGCAGAGGUGCAGACAGCUGACCUCGAGACCUGGUAAAGGAACACACGGCACACCGCACACAGCAUGACAUGGAGCUGCUGCGUUGUCUGUCUGUCUGUCUGUCUGUCUGCAGGUACCAUUCGUUCGCGACCUCUCUCGGCCUGACGCCCACCCAAUGCAUGGUGCGAAAGAGCCAGCCAAAGGAAGGGAUCCAUGUGACUUUCCUCUUGUCGCUCCGUUCAGCUGGUGUGCAACGUCAAGCGACCCGACAUGGAGAGAACACCGCAGCCCCGUAAGUGGCAGAGCCGUGAGAAGCGAUUAGAGUGAGAAGCGUCUGACUCCCCAUGGGUGUCCCUCCAUGCAUCAGCGGGGAGAUUUCACGCGCUGAAGGAGUGCGGCAACUUCUGUGUGGUGUCGGGCAGCACUCUCGCCGCCUUCCGAGAGGCAUUCGGUGCCUUUCUCGACAAGGUAAGACCGGCGCUCACUACAAGUGGAUUGAUCAACACAGGUGAUGGGUCUCCUUGGUGCCCGUGUUGUCAGGCGGUGGCCAGCCAGGAGGCCAAGGUGCGGUCUGAAGAGGAGGCACUGUUGAAGUGAAUAGCCAGGGGAGAAGGCCUGUCUGCUUACUUGAUGGCCUGACACUCUCUCUCUUGGUGCGACUGGUAGAUAGCCCCAGGAUUGAUGUGAAUAGUCUUCUUAGUUCAAUGGAUGGGGCUACUGAUGGGUAUACUGACUGACUGAUGCAUUGCCGUGCAUGACGCAUCAUACAUUGACAUGUACAUGGAUAUCAACAUCAUGUUAGACGAGGGCACGCCGCCUGCGGCCUGUCGUGAUCGGUGUGUGUGCACAAACACCCAUCACGAUAGGCUGCAGGUGCGUGCCUGUCGUCUAACUUGGUCAACUUUAUGUUAGUGUAAGCUGUUACCAAACCACGCAACCACUGACUGUAGAGAGCAGGCAGAGAGAGCGUCAGCUGGCUCUGCUGAAUCACUGCACGC